CCCUUCAUCGUCGCGACGCCGCGCCAUUUCUGCGCACGUGGGCGACGACGGCUGAGCGAGGGCGCCUGGCCCGCUCGCCAUUAACGCAGCCGUCGUGAAUGAACGCCGACCUCGACCGGGUGGCUGUCCAUUGAACAGUACUCGCGGCCGACGACCGGCCGGCGCUCCGGGGGCGGCAGCACGCCCUCGCCGCGAUCACGCCUCAGUCGAGGAUGUGGCGUUGACGACGACUCUCUCUCACUACGAAAUCUGUGUUCAUUUACCAGUAGAUUCUGACUAAGUGAUUAUCGUGCCGAAUACUCUUAGUUUCCUAAAUGUUCUGUGAUCGCGUCAAUUUCGUUAGGACGUAGGUAAAGAAAAUAUAUUAGUGAAGUGUCGUGCGAGUUGUUGCCGGCAAGUGCCGGUGGUGAGUGAGUGCGCGCGAGUGCAUGUUGUGUUGUGAGGCAAGCGGGGAUGCGCGCGUGCGAUGCUCUCGGUGAUCGCGAUGCGUCGGCCCGAGGACGAGGAGCUGGGGCGCGGCGACAGCGACGAGUUCGUGGACAUCUCGCAGAUGCAGCUGCUGGUGGAGGCGGGCCCGAGCGGGCUGCACUACGGCGGGCCCGCGCCGCCGCUGGCGCAGCCGCAGCCCUACGCGCAGCACCCGCACCCCGCGCCCGUCACCUCCACUUGCUCCGUCGAUGAUCUCUUCGCGCUAUACUUCAAUCCGGCGCAGCAUGGUAGCCUACCAGGCGAUGAGUUGUCACUGGGUUGCUCCCCGCGACGCCACAAGCACGAGGCGUCGCUGUCGCCCGGCGCGCGCGCCGAGGACGCCAGCAACGCGUCCAGCGCCAGCGCCUCGCUGUACGGGCCCGCGCAGCCGCCCGCCGGCAAGCACGCGCCGUCGCCGCCACUGCAGUGGCUGCUGCCGCCCGGCCCAGGCCCGGGCGACAAGUACUACCAGGAGUACGAGGAGCGCGUCGACCUCCUCCCGCCGCCCGAGUGCCAGCCCUCCUACUGCGCGCCGCCGCAGCCCUCCUGCCCCGUGCCGUGCGAGUACCGCGCGCCGCCGCAGCACUGGGAGCAGGAGUACCAGCCCGCGCCGCAGCCCGCGCCCGGCCCCUCCGGCCUGCCCAAGCGCGAGCCCUACCCGGCGCCGCCCUCCGACCGGCCCGUGCAGCUCGCCGAGUACAACCCCUCCACGAGCAAGGGCCACGAGAUCCUGUCGCAGGUGUACCAGCAGAGCGCGCAGCCGCUGCGGCUGGUCGCGGUCAAGCCGCGCAAGUACCCCAACCGGCCGAGCAAGACACCGGUGCACGAGCGGCCGUACGCCUGUCCUGUGGACGGCUGCGACCGCCGCUUCUCGCGGUCCGACGAGCUGACGAGGCACAUCAGGAUCCACACGGGCCAGAAGCCGUUCCAGUGCCGUAUCUGCAUGCGCUCGUUCAGCCGGUCGGACCACCUGACGACGCACGUUCGCACGCACACGGGCGAGAAGCCCUUCGCGUGCGACGUCUGCGGGCGCAAGUUCGCGCGCUCGGACGAGAAGAAGCGACACGCCAAGGUGCACCUCAAGCAGCGGCUGAAGCGCGAGCGCGGCGGCGCGCACGACCACCCGCCGCACCUCUAGCAGGCGGCGCCCGGCUCCGCGUCUUCACAUUCCAGUGACAGUGAGCCCUCCACCUCCGACUCGGUGGACAACUGAACUUUUACUUUCACGUUGAAGUUAUGAAAUAAUUUCAUCGCCUAGCCGUAAGAAUUGUCUUUAACGAAGCUUUAUUAACUCUACAUAUGUAAAUUCAUUGAAAUUUAUAUAUCUUUUUAUACAUAUUUGUAAUUAAUAUGCUAGGAGAUGAUCAGCUCGAUGUAUUUAUUUUUAAUUUAGAUAGGCUAAUUGAAUGAAAUCGACUGGGAACAAGGUAGGAAGCGAUGUGGCCUAAAGUGUCCUAGUAGCGCUUCUCGCAACCGAUGGGUACUCGGACUCGCCCGCGCGAGCCUGUAACAUAUCUUCUGUCAACCGACAAGUUUGUAGCUUAACUAAAGUUGUCUCUUGCAGUGCAUGCUAGUCGAGGCACAAGUCAAAACUAUAGCAUGAGAAAGUGAUACGUAAUGAGCCUAUAACCACAGGUACGACCAAGGUUAGAAAAAGUUUACCUACUAUUAGCCUCACACAAC